GUUUAUGCGCAUAUAUUCUGAAAAUUAAGGCCCAUUGCCCUCGCAUGUUGAAGAACAGGGCCUUCACGUGUGUUGAAGUGUGUUUUAUAAAGUAGCAGACAGAAAAGCUGGACACAUCGGGGUGGGGAGAGGCAACAGGACAGGGUUAGGAACAGCACUUGGAGGUUAUGGGGGGCUUUGAAGAAAACAUUCAUGCAUAGUUUUACAGAAAACCAGUCCUCUGGUUACUUCUGUCAUUAGCUAUUUGCCUGCAAGUUAUCAGACGCUAUUUGUAUGGCCAUAUUUGUAUUCUAUAACAGCUUAUAACAGCUGGGUUGCCUUCCAGACUGCAGGCUUUAGAUUUUCCGAAUCCUGUUUGAAUCACACACACACUCCUGAUGCAUCCCCACCCAUCUAUUUCACUCCUCCCUUUUCUCCUUUUCUCCUUCCAACAUCCCAGUCCCCUCUGUCCUGUGCGCUGUGCACUAUGGCGCUGCGCAUUAAAGCGCCUGUAUACGUGGCGCUGAGUUUGGCCUCUCUGUGCGUGUUACACUGCGUGUGUCUGGCUGCAGCCAGUGCGGCUGGAUCCACUUCUCUCUCCGGCCUGCUGCCGCCUUACGACGAGCUCUACUACCGCGGAGUGCGGGCUUAUUUCACGAAGGACUGGGAGAAAGCGGCCGAGUACAUCGAGCUGUCCAUAUCCACCCGAGAAGCCCUGCGCAAGACCAGGCGAAAAUGCCACGACGCGUGCUCAACUGCGGGGGACGAGAUAGUGUCCAGACUAGACAGAGAAAAAGGCACCAGCUGGGACCUGUGGGCUUUGGACUGGAUCCAACAGCGAGCAGAGUGUAUACGGUUCUGUUUGGGCCGAGCCGUCACUCCUGCUGGUCAGCUUCCUGUAUCGUCGGAUAUUGAGUAUGAAUUUGGGACUCGCAAUGCUUACAAUUUCCUGCAGCUUAUCUACUACGAGUUGAGUAAGCCAAGGAAGGCUGCUGCUGCUGCUCACACAUUCUUCAUGGCCAACCCGAGUCACCUGGAGAUGAGGAACAACAUUGAGAAGUACAGACGUAUGCCUGGUGUUACAGAGGACGCCUUUGAGGACAGAGAGAGAGAACUGGAAAAACACUGGGAGGUCUACGAUGCUGCUGUCACGGCUGAGAGCUCCUCUGACUGGGCCCUCGCGGUGAAGAGAUGGAAGGAGUGUGUGAACGAGACACUGAAGCAGACAGAUGAGUGCAGAGCUCAGUGCGUGGUGGCAUCACAGCGCCUCCCAGAGGAGACAGACAGCACAGAGGGAGCAUAUGAAAAAGCUGCAGCACUGUCUCUCUCUCUACUGGCAUGCAAACAAGCAUGUGUUGCUCUGGUGUCCACACGGCCUGGACGGAUCUCUUCUCACGAGGAUUUUCUUCCAAUGCAGCUAGAGCAUCUCCAUAUUGCCCAGUAUAAAGCGGGGGACCUGAAGGGGGCGGUGCAGACACUGCGUUCUCUGCUGCUGUUUUACCCAAAAGACAAUGAGACACUCAGUAACCUGCAGCUCUACUCGGAGUCUCUGGAGGGCGACACUGAAGCGCAGGCCACAGGCCCUUCACAGGAAAUUUCCAACUACAUCAGCAGAGCUCUAGCAGAAAAGAAACUGCUUUACUUUGGAGUGGAAAAUCUUGAUUUCAAAUUCUUCGACCCGGAUCUGUGGACGCCAGAGGACAUCGUUCCCGAGUCACUGAGGGAGAGCUGGAGAGCAGAGAGAGAACAGCUUAUUGAGAAAUUAAAGGAAGGAGAGAAGGUAUUAGAGGUGGAUGACAGUGGAUUCUAUGCUGGAGGUCCAGUUCCUUUGGUUGGUGUGACCAUUACGAUGGAUGACGAGGCCCUGAACGGAACCAAUCGUGUUGUAUUUGAUGGUGUUUUGUCCCAAUCUGAAUGUGACACUGUGAUGCAGCUGGCAAGAAUUGCUGCAUCAGUUGGUGAUGGUUACAAGGGACGGCGUUCUCCACACACACCUCAUGAGAAAUUCGAGGGCCUGACUGUCUUGAGAGCCUUUAAGUUGGCGCAGGAUGGAAUGUUGAACCAAUCAGACGCCAAGCUGUUACAUGAAAUAGGCGAGAGAGCUAGAAUCCUAAUUCACUCGUAUUUCAGGAGCCACUCCGCUCUCUAUUUCUCCUACACACACCUUGUUUGCCGCUCCGCCAUUCCAGGGCAUCAGGAGGGACGCUUGGAUCUGUCUCACCCUGUUCAUGUGGAUAAUUGUAUACUGGAGCCAGAGACCAGGCAAUGCUGGAGAGAAGCACCUGCAUUCACACACAGAGACCUGAGUGCGAUUCUCUACCUGAACGAUGACUUUGAAGGAGGAGAGCUCUUUUUCACAGAUAGAGAUGCCAAAACAAUCACAGCCAGGGUGAAGCCCAGCUGUGGGCGCCUUGUCGGUUUCACUUCAGGUCCUGUGAACCCUCAUGGUGUUACAGCAGUCACAGCAGGCCGCAGGUGUGCACUAGCACUCUGGUUCACCACGGAAAAACAUCACAGGGACAUGGAACGACAGGAGGCUGAGGCCAUGUUGGGAAUAGAUGGACAAAAAGUAAAGGAGGAAAAGGAGGAGUCGGAUAGCAAUCCCACACCUGCUCGGAGUGGGCGGAGCCAGUCAUCUAAGAGCAGAAGCAAAGAGAGGGAGAGAGUGUCAAGUGGGAGAGACGAACUUUGAAAGUCACUGAACCUCUGACACAUGAUCCACCAAGAUCUCUGAUCUCUUUAUGAUCUUUUGAUAUGCACUCCAGAAACAUCUCUAAAGCUGUAUGAGUGUGAGUGAAUUGUUUUCUGUAUAUAUGUGUAGCAUCAGCUCAUUCAGCAAUGUGACACUGGUCACACAAUUUGAUUAGAUUUUUGAUAUUUGAUUUUCUUUUUACUGAAUAAAUAAAAAAUAAUGGGAUCAACUGGGAUAAUGAGAUCGCACUUUUGUUAUUAAAUGAAUAUUUGUUACUAUGUGAGUUUCACAGCAUUUAAAAAGAGACAGCAAGAGGAAGAAAGGCAAGAGUGAUGGUCUACACAUUAACACUGAUGACAAACGGCAGGCACAAAACAUGAACGAGAGAAUGGGAAAGAGGGAGAGUUAAGCAAAGGGGG